AGGUUGUUCAAUAGCUUCCACCAGCUGUCAAUCGUUUUGACCGACAGUUGCACUGCAUGUGCUACUAAUGUAAACAAAACAGCCGGUUCUGCUCAACUGUCAACGCAUUGUUUUCCUGCCUUUUCCCCAAUCGCUCUCACACAUUCUAGAAAUUACCCGAAGGUACCAUACAUCUGGAGCAGUUUUCGGAGCUAAUGCCAUUUACUCGGCGUGAUAUUACAAAAGAUGGAUGACACAGAAAUACAGCUGUGCCCGCGGAUUACCACGGUGUCGAAGGAUGGGCAUGCGGAUGACCCCGGCCAGCAGGUGAAGUCGAACGCCAUCGUGCGGUUUUCGAUCGUGCAAAGCACGGUACCGUUUGGCCGUUUGAAGUGCAACACCAACCUCAACAUGCCGCCUUCGAACUGGUUAAGCAACUCGGCAAACUCGUACGGACUGGGACAGUUUCUAUCCCAUCAGGCGGGAUUUAGCAGCUUCCGGAUGGCCAACAUGUUCCCGGACUGUGUCGGUGGGGUGGAUGUGGUUUCGGAUGCGGAAAACAUCAAACGCUUGCUCAAACUGCCCUACUCGCGCAAAAGCGUCAUCUCGAUGAUUGUGCAUCGGAUCGAAAAUACGCUGCUAAUCGAUGAGUUUGAUGUGGCCAAGUAUCUGUUGCUGCAAGAGGAAGCCGACUGGCAUUGGUUGCGCUCGUUCAUCUACGAAAACAUCCUCAAAAGUCUCAACGACAGCGAGCGCAAGCUGUUCCUGCAUCCAAAGACGCGCGAAGCAUUUCAGCAAAAGUAUCUGACGUCCAAGUUUCUGUACCACAGUUUGCAGUCGGGCACGUUAGACGAUGCUGCCCGGAACGAACCGCACGGGGCGGUCCCGAACGAUUGUGCUCCGUACACACCACUGCCACUGGCAGGACCAAUACUGCCGGAACCGACGAAGGAAGAACAUUUCCCCGACGCACAGCAGACGAACCACAUGUUCAAUCGCAACGUAAUCUGGACGUUCGAGGACAUCCGGAUGCUGAUCGGCACGGAUAUGCCCAUCUUCGGUGGAGCGAAUCGACCGUGCAUCAGUUUGCGGCUGCGGGACGAAUCCAAACCGAUCAACGUGCUGACCGGCAUCGACUACUGGUUGGACAAUUUAAUGUCCAACGUGCCGGAGGUGGUCAUGUGCUACCAUCUGGACGGGAUUGUGCAGCGGUACGAGCUGAUCAAGACGGAAGAUCUGCCCCGGUUGGAAAAUUCGGAAUUCUCGCCCCAGCUCAUUCGCAACGUGGCACAAAACAUCCUGGCCUUCCUGAAGGCGAAUGUUACCAAGGCGGGACAUACGUACUGGUUGUUUAAGGCGCGCAAUGACGAUGUUGUGAAGCUGUACGAUUUAACCACCCUCUGCAAAGCACACGGCGAAGGUUCCACGGCGGAGGAUGAGCCGGAGGUGGCGGAGCAAAAGGAAAAGCUACCGCCGAAAGCGCCGGCCCAAACUGGUGGUGAGGCCGGGGAUGAAAAUCUACCCACCGGUGGUCAGAAUCCGUUCACCGUCCCGGUAGCGAUGCUGCUGUACACCGUAGCAAGAAACAUGAAAAAUUCCGUUGAAAAUGGAAAUUUGUCAGCAUCGCGAGCUGGCGCCAUCCGGACCCUGCUGAACAACUGCAUCAAGCUACUGCCCAAGGAAAAGUAUCCGCAAAUAGUGACGUCCUCACACUACAUUCUAUCGGAUUUGCAUAUUCCUGCCGAUACGGACCCGGGUUCGCCCAAGUUCAACACAACACUAGAGGAAGAUGACGAUGACGCGGGGUAUGUGUGUGGCGAACGCAAUUCCACCCCGUCCGAGAAUGGGCUAGAGGAGACGGAAGAUGAAGCGGCAACGACGGGCGACGAGCAGCAGGGAGAGCAACAACAACCGGGCCGACCGGGCAACGGUACAAAAUUGGAAGCUGCAAUCAAAAGCAUCAAAGAUACGCUGAAAGAGUACAAGGUGGAAGAACGAUUGGGCAAGCAUCACAACUCCCGGCCAGCGCCACUGCUGUGCGACACCACGGAACGAUGCAUCAUUGCCCUGCAGCACAUCGUCGACGGUCUCCAGUGCCUGCAGUACUUCGACAGCUACGAGGAGCAAAAGCAGCGCGAAAAGGAGAAGGAAGCCGAACGGGCGAAGAUUGUCCACGAAGAGUCACACCAAAACAUGGCCAAAUCGAACAAUCCUAUCCCGCUACCGUACCAGCGACUUAGUCCCGAACCGCGUCCAAUCGACCCGGAAAAGAUUUUUCCGAUGGGAUGGAAGCAAGCAGGUGGAAGUGAGACGCCUGUACCGGAUUCGGAGAAGGAUCCGGAAGCGAAAAAGGGUGUGAAAAAGCGUUCGAAGGGAAAAGGCACGGAAAAGCAGCAAAAGGCAGGCGGUAACAGUAAGCAACCCGAGGCGGACCGUGAUCGUGGCCAGGAAGUUGAUCCACGUGCGCUGCUGCUGAAGGGACAGAUCGGGGUAAUUAAGUCGUGGAACGUGCAUCUGAAGAUUCUGCUGUUCGAGAAGGCGUGCCUCGUGUACGCAACCAUGGCCGAGCAGGAGUACGCACAGCAACGGUACGGCGCGACGCUUCGCCAUCUGUACUCAGCCAUCCGCUGUCAGCAGGUCGUGACGAAGUACAUCUCGUGCGUAUCCUCCCAGCGCAGUCAUCUGCUCGGCCGGGCCGGCGAUUGCUUUUUCCAGCUCGCAAAAGAUUGGAACCGAAUCGGCGAACAUCUGGCACAGUUUGCCGACGAGCAGCAUCUCGAUCAGCUCAUCAUGGAGGAGCUGGUGAAGGAUAUUGGCAGCGAGGUGGAACACACCCUGCCCGUGCCGACGGAAAACAUCGAACAGUUGAUGAUUACCAGCUGCAGCUGUUACGAGACGGCGAUUAGCGGCGCGGCCAAGGACUCGCAGGACGAGCUGCGGCGGCGGUUGGGCAGCGUUCGGAACGAGCUCGGCGUAAAGUACAUGCACUGGGCGCAGGAAGAGUAUCAACGGCACUGGAACGAGCAGCGGCCGGAGGAGGCGGUGGCGGUAGAUGCGCCCGAACCGUUGUAUCAACUGUUGACGAAGAAAUCGUACGAUUCGCUCAAGAAGGGCGUCGCUUUGUUUGAGACCGUUGCCGACACAACGAAUCUGGCUUUCCUGCUGUGCAACAUGGGACGGUUUAUGCGAUUCCGGGCCCACAUCCAUCUGGUUGGGGAACGACCAAACAACGUGACUGUCCAGAAAAAGUUCUACCACGAAGCCUUCGGGUACUACCAACGAGCUCUUGGGACGCUCGGUACGCGCAAGGAAAAUCCGGAACUGUGGUCGCUGGUCACGUGGGAGCUAUCGACGGCCACAUUCCAUCUGGCAAAGCAACUGCAGGACCACGGGAGCGGAAUGACGGUCGAUGGACAGGGCGGCCCAUCCCAGACGCAGGAAGAAAUAGAGCAGGAAGUAGUGGAUAUGCUUCAGCGGGCACUGAAGCUGUGCGAUCAGGACAACAGUGGCCCGAAGCAGGUGCUUUACUCAUUCCGCGCCGGACUAAUACACCACAGGAUCGCUUCCUAUCACCACAUGACCUACCGCACCACGGUGGACGAACAUCGGCGUAAAACGUGCCUGCGGCUGACCAAACUGCACUACGAGAAGGCGGCGAGCAUUUUCGAAACGCUCGCCGAACCGCAAGAGUUCCUGCAGAUCCAGAUGAAACGGAUCGCGCUGCAGGAGUACCAGUGCGAGCAAGCAUCGGCAACGACCGCCAAAACGCACCAUCUGCUGAUUGCGCUAGCGCUCUGCAAGCAAGCCUAUCCGCUGAUCGAGCAUAUCGCGAGUGUGAAGCCACACGCGCCGGACGAUUCGCUGAACCGCGAUGGGUGCGGCGGUAACGAGGAGCUCCAACAGCUGCUGGAACUGUUCGAAAAACGGCUGCAGGUCAUACUGCAAACGCUCACCAAGCUGGCGCGGCAAGCGACCGGAAACCCCAGGGAACAAACGGCCGCCCAUUACAAGGCGCUGUACGCGAUAGCGCUACGGAAACGGCCUGCCCGGAGUGCGGAGGACGCUGCCAAGCUCAAAGAAGCGGACGAGAUUAAAGCGUACGCCUUGCACUUGUCCAACAUGUUGCGUCAAGUAUGUGAUCAGGAUCGGCAGCACGAGGCAGCGUCACGAUAAGAGGCGGAUAGUGAAACUGUUGUGAAUGAAACCGCUUUUAUGUGCCUGUGCCGCGCACGAUUCAUGUUUGUCGUUGUUCUUUUGUUUUUUUUUUUUAAUCAAAAUAAACUCUACAAUAUCCCCUAAA